CAGUCACUUUGCGAGGAGGAGCGCGCGGGCUGCGGGCGGCUGGGGCACCCCGGGAGCGGCGGCGGCGCUAGCAGAGGCGGCCGUGACAGCGGAAGGUUCUCUCGCCUGGGCUGGACUUAAUAACUUUGGAACUGUCCACCAGUGUCACGUCCUGAACAUGAGCCUCCUCCUCUCCUUCUACCUGCUCGGGUUGCUUGUCUGUAGCGGGCAAGCUCUUCUUCAAGUGACAAUUUCACUUAGCAAAGUAGAGCUUAGUGUUGGUGAAUCUAAAUUCUUCACAUGUACAGCAAUUGGUGAACCGGAGAGUAUAGAUUGGUUUAAUCCUCAAGGAGAGAAGAUCAUUUCAACACAGAGGGUCGUGGUUCAAAAAGAAGGUGUCAGGUCACGAUUAACCAUCUACAACGCAAAUAUAGAAGAUGCAGGGAUAUACCGUUGUCAAGCAACAGAUGCCAAAGGACAGACACAAGAAGCUACAGUUGUUUUGGAAAUUUACCAAAAACUCACUUUCAGAGAAGUGGUAUCUCCUCAAGAAUUCAAACAAGGGGAGGACGCAGAGGUGGUUUGCCGAGUCAGCAGCUCACCUGCUCCUGUGGUCAGCUGGUUGUAUCACAAUGAGGAAGUCACCGCUAUUUCCGACAAUCGCUUUGCGAUGUUAGCCAACAAUAAUCUGCAGAUUCUCAACAUCAAUAAAAGUGAUGAAGGUAUAUAUAGAUGUGAAGGAAGAGUGGAAGCUAGGGGGGAAAUUGACUUCCGUGACAUCAUUGUUAUUGUUAAUGUGCCGCCAGCCAUCACAAUGCCUCAGAAGUCCUUUAACGCUACAGCAGAGAGAGGAGAGGAGAUGACAUUUUCCUGCCGGGCUUCUGGCUCUCCUGAGCCCACCAUCACCUGGUACAGGAAUGGCAAGUUCAUUGAAGAAAAUGACAAGUACAUAUUGAAAGGAAGCAAUACAGAACUCACUGUCAAGAACAUAAUCAAUAGUGAUGGGGGCCCUUAUGUCUGCAGGGCAACAAAUAAGGCAGGAGAAGAUGAAAAGCAGGCAUUCCUUCAAGUCUUCGUACAGCCUCGCAUAAUACAACUUAAAAAUGAGACUACAUAUGAGAAUGGCCAAGUCACACUCACAUGCGAAGCAGAAGGGGAGCCUAUUCCAGAAAUCAUCUGGAAGAGAGCAGUGGAUGGCAUCACUUUCUCUGAAGGCGAUAAGAGCCCCGAUGGCCGUGUUGAAGUCAAAGGGCAGCGCGGAAGCUCAUCACUGCAUAUUAAAGAUGUGAAGUUGACAGAUUCGGGGAGAUAUGACUGUGACGCAGCAAGUAGAAUUGGAGGGCACCAAAAGAGCAUGUACCUUGAUAUAGAAUAUGCUCCCAAGUUCAUAUCAAACCAAACGAUUUAUUAUUCCUGGGAAGGAAAUCCAAUCAAUAUAAGCUGUGAUGUAAAAUCUAAUCCACUAGCAUCAGUCCAUUGGAGAAGAGAGAAAUUAGUCUUACCUGCUAAAAACACCACUAACAUAAAGACAUAUAGCACAGGAAGAAAGAUGAUAUUAGAGAUCGCACCUACAUCUGACAAUGACUUUGGACGAUACAAUUGCACAGCCACUAACCGUAUAGGAACGAGAUUUCAAGAAUAUAUUCUUGCUUUGGCUGAUGUUCCAUCCAGUCCCAAUGGAGUAAAGGUGGGAGAUAUGACACAGACCACAGCCAAGGUUUCUUUCAACAAGCCAGACUCCCAUGGAGGAGUGCCUAUUCAUCACUAUCAAGUGGAUGUCAAAGAAGUGGCAUCAGAAACCUGGAAAAUAGUACGCUCCCAUGGAGUUCAAACAAUGGUUGUUUUGAGCAACCUGGAACCAAAUACAACUUAUGAAAUCAGGGUUGCAGCUGUAAAUGGAAAAGGGCAAGGAGACUACAGUAAAAUAGAAAUCUUCCAAACAUUACCAGUUCGUGAACCUAGCCCGCCAUCGAUACAUGGACAGCCAAGCAGUGGAAAGAGCUUUAAACUCAGUAUCACCAAACAGGACGAUGGUGGGGCCCCUAUUCUGGAGUACAUUGUGAAAUACAGAAGUAAAGAUAAAGAAGAUCAGUGGCUAGAGAAAAAAGUACAGGGAAAUAAAGACCACAUUAUCUUGGAGCAUCUACAGUGGACAAUGGGGUAUGAAGUUCAAAUCACAGCUGCCAAUAGAUUGGGAUAUUCAGAACCCACAGUGUAUGAGUUCAGCAUGCCACCAAAGCCCAACAUUAUUAAAGACACACUUUUUAAUGGCCUUGGGCUUGGAGCAGUCAUUGGCCUGGGUGUUGCUGCACUUUUGCUAAUCCUCGUGGUGACCGAUGUUAGCUGCUUCUUUAUUCGACAAUGUGGGUUAUUGAUGUGCAUCACCAGGAGGAUGUGUGGGAAGAAAAGUGGCUCCAGUGGCAAAAGCAAAGAACUGGAAGAAGGAAAAGCUGCAUACUUGAAAGAUGGAUCAAAAGAACCCAUCGUGGAGAUGAGAACAGAAGAUGAAAGAAUAACUAAUCAUGAAGACGGAAGUCCAGUAAAUGAGCCAAAUGAAACCACACCACUUACAGAACCUGAAAAAUUGCCUUUAAAAGAAGAAAAUGGGAAAGAAGUCCUAACUCCAGAAACUAUAGAAAUUAAAGUUUCUAAUGAUAUCAUUCAGUCAAAAGAGGAUGACAGCAAAGCAUAACAAGAUUACAGAUACUUGAACCACACUACAGAGAACAUCUGGAUUUCAGUGACCCUAUGACCAAAACUAUUACAUUGACCUUAAUUUCUUGGGGAACUUCUAGCUUGGAAUAGCUUGUACACAUAUACAUAUGAUCAAAUACUCCUGUUCAUGGUCCAUUUCCUUUUGUUGUUGUUGUUCUCGCUGUCAUUUAUUUUGGUAAGAAUUUCAGUAUAGAGACCUGACUGGCACCAGCUCUUUGGUAUCAAUUUCAUUUUAUGAUUGAAGUACUGCAAGUUACUAUAUGGCUAAAGUGCUCUAUUUCUUAAGAACAAUGCUUUAUACUAUGAUCUCUCCCAUAAACAAGGGUUUAAGAAAACACGAAACAAAAGUUUUGUGAGUUAAAUGUAUAAGAAAGCCCUGCAUGUUUUUUUUUUUCUUCUCACUAUUUUGGGCAAUUAGAUUAUAUUAAAAUGACUUUGAUGAGCUUAAGAAGGAAACAGUGAAUAAAGGUUCAUUUUUAUGAGGGGAAUUUCAGGAAACCCAGUUAUCUUUAAUAGGUAAUAAAAAUGGAGAGAUACUUUGGGGAACUCUUUUCCAUUUAUAAUUACAGUGCUGUUUCAAUGUUGAUUUUUGAUAGACUGAAGUGCCAGAUCAAAAUUGUUACCCAUUUAAAAGCAUAUUAGUUGAGUGUAAAAUUAGAUUAGGAAGAUUCCGUAAAUCUCACUUUCUAUAUGCCAUAUUCUCCCACAGUGGAUUACACACACACACACACACACACAAUAAAUGUAUUGCAAGUGAAAUUAUAUUGAUUUCUGCCCUCAGCUUCAAAUAAAAUAAAUUGAAAUGGGAACAAUA